AAUAUAACUACAAAUUAAUUUGAUAAUUAAUUUUAAUUGGAACCUCAGCCGAAGAAAAAAUUAAUCAUCAUAAAUUACACACCCUGUAUCAUCGUUGUCGUUAACUAUUAAAAAAAUACAAGAUGGCUAUGAUAAUCAAGGCCGUGACGUCACAAGAAUGGGUGGAGUUUAAGAACGGUUGUUCUUUUUUCUUCUCCAUUUCACCACAGAACUAUAUACUACACCAUCGGAUGUAUAGUUUUAUAAUUGUCAUUUGCUUAGUACGUCGUGUAGCAGGAUCGGUAUAAGGAGGAAAUAGGUUCAAAUAAAUCAACGAAAAAUAAUUUUAAUAAAAAAGUAUUUUUUAUAUUCAGUCUUUUAUUGAAAAUAUAAGAUCUCAUUUAGAAGCCACCUUUUUGCUUUCCUAUCAAAUGACUUUUAUAACAAAUCGUCAUUUUUAUUUCAUGAGACGAAAAUUUUUUCAUAUUUCGAUAUUAUUGUUCUUAUAGAUUAAAUUUCAAAAUAUUGUUGUAUUUAUUUUCUUGUGUAGACCAAAUAAAAUUGCGAUAGAAAUAAAGUUUUUUAAUAAUUAUUACAUCCUAUAUUAAUUACGUAUACGUCCUUAGGACCAUUAGCCAUUUCCUUUUUAGGCGAUGUUUAAUUUCAGUGUCGCCAUCUACAAAGCGAGAUACAUAACAUGUGUUUUAGACCGGUAGUUAUUUUCUUUUAUAAUAGAUUUGACACUCGUCGUCGAUUUUCAUCGGAAAAUUCGCGCCCAUGCGCGCGUGUGUUCGCGUCCGCUAUCGAUUUGGGGGAAAACGAAUGCAUUAGUCACGUGCUGUGAAGUGGUUAACGCAAAAUUAUUAAAAAAAAAAUACUAUUAUGACUAAAAGAAAAAUCUUUUGGUUGCCCAUUUGAAAAAUAAAUAAUUUUUAUCUAGUGCGAUCAUGGCUUUUUCAAAUUCUUCCGUUAUUAAAACCCCCACCGUAUUAGAACAGCUUUUGGAAGAAAUUAAUUUUCAGAGGACAAAGGAAAUGAGACAAUUAUUAAAAGACGAAUCGGGAUUCGUUAUGCUUCAAGGUACAACUUAUUGGACGGAUUUGUUCGUCCGCCAUUUUUUAUUUCAAAACGAUUCCACAAUGGAUUGCGACGAUCUUUUAUUUUUCGUAAGAAAAAAACACGUCAAAGGUUCUCCUAGAUAUUUGCCAAAAUUUGAGACCGAGGUAGAUGUUUUUCGAAAAGAUAGUAGAAAAUUACCAAUAGGAGAUCCCGAUAUAGAUUGGGAAGAAACCGUUUAUCUAAAUUUAAUAAUACAUCAAUUCGAAUAUACACUUACUUUAGCUAUAUGUACGAGGACAAGUCCAAAAGAACUACAAGUUUUAAAAAGACAUUCGCAAAAAGUGUACGCCUCGCCUAGCCGUAGAAGAAUGGAUACCAAAGGCGAAGUCGAGGAAAUAACGUACCCGCAUAUUUGUUUUAUGGUGGACAAUUUCGACGAAGUUUUUCACGACAUUCUCGUCCGAGACGGGGAAAUGGUGUGCGUAGAACUUCUCGCCGCCGACCGAGCCGGUAGUAUACAGGGCGUUAUAUUUUUAGGUUCGAUUAGAUAUGACGCGCUUAAAAAAGUAUACGACGCUCGGCAAUCGAGUCUCGGCACGAAAAUGGCGCAAAGGAUGACUUUCGGUCUGUUCUCGUCCUCCGCCGCACAACGAUGCGAAUUCGUUCGAAUGAAGGGCCCGCAAGGUAAAGGACACGCCGAAAUGGCGGUUACCAAACCCAAAGGAUCCGGAGUCGAAACUCCCACGUCCGAACCGGGCUUUUGCGCCACCGAUAUGUGGGACUCCGAUUGGGAGGAGGAUCCCGAGGAUUUUUACGUGUACAGAACGCAGAGGAGGCUCAGCGAUCCGAGCGCCAAUUUGAAUAAUUUCAUCCGAGGCGGGUGGAAAUCCAAAUUGGACGUCAAGGCUAGAUCGGAAAGCGAAGGUCUCGACGCCAUCGAUAACGGGGUUAGCGAAAUCGAAGCCGGGGACCUUAAGGACGAGACUGGUUCUGCUUCGACAUCCAAUACGGCGUGCUGUGGGUGCUUCCAAAGAAGAAACCGAGAAGCCCUACUCGAAAUGUACAGUAUGAGAUGUAGCGAUCAUAAAAAGUGUUCGGAAAGAGCUCGGCUAGGGCCGAUCGAUAGCGAUUGCGCGUUCGCAAUCAGAACGUGCAGAUCGAAUAAUAAGAAAAGUCGAAACGCCAAUUAUACCGAAUGCGAAAUGGCCGACGACGCGAUCAGUUUGGAUAAAAAAGGAAUAACGACGACCGAUAAUAAAUGUUACGAUCACGUUAAAAAUAUGUAUAUAACAGUUAGCGGUAAAGAAGAAUUGCCUUGCGUGCAUUAUUUCGCUGAUAAUACGAAUAAGGAGUUAUCGGUGAAUAGUAAAGAUGGGAUCGUUAAAUUUAGAAAAAACGUCAACGGAAAUUACAAUCUUAUUAGUAUGAAAAAUAUUUAUAGUUAUUGUACGCUUCCUAAAAGUAGAAGAAAGGUCAAUGGACGGAAGUUGUCGAGACAUUUCCCCCCUAAACGAAUUACGCCGGACGGGACGCACAUUUAUUAUUGGUGCGAUUUAAAUAAAGAAGAUUGCGAAUUAGACGACGGCGCUUACAACCCUUUAUGGACGAUGCGAGGUUUCACACAAACUUUCCAUUUCUGGAAAGAAAAUAAACGAGCACAAUCUGUACCACUAAAUGCGUUUUUAACUUACAUAACCCUACCAUGGUGGAGUAUAGCAAAAGAUAUUUUGGAUCACAGAGAAGGCCCUAUAUUGACUUUCUAGUAUAUAUAUUUUUUCCGCUUCAUUUUUAAACCCAAAAUUUCAUCUUUUUAUUAGUCCGAAACUGUUCACUGUUUACAAACAAUUCAAAAGACUAUGUAUACAAAAACUAACGGAAAAAAAAAUUUCAUAUGAAUUAUAUUUUUCUUUCUAAA